AUGGGUAGAUCAUGGCUGUUUCAAUGUAAAAAGAAGAGUUAUCCAGUGGAAAGUUUCCCUACAACUAGUAUUAUAAUAGUAUUUCAUAAUGAAGCCUGGAGUACUUUAUUACGACUAGUUCAUAGUAUAAUAAACAGAUCACCUAGACACUUACUAGAGGAAAUUAUAUUAGUAGAUGAUGCUAGUGAUAAAGGUGAUCAUUUAGGAAGAAAAUUAGAGAAUUAUGUUAAAAAAUUACCAGUUCCUAUUCAUAUUUUACGAUCUAAUGAAAGAACUGGAUUAAUUAGAGCUCGAUUAAAAGGUGCUGCAGCUAGUAAGGGAAAAGUUUUAACAUUUUUAGAUGCCCAUUGUGAAUGUACAGAAGGUUGGCUGGAACCAUUAUUAAAUGAAAUCUAUAAAGAUAGAACGUCUGUGGUCUGUCCUAUUAUAGAUGUUAUAAGUGAUGAUACAUUUGAAUAUAUUACGGGAAGUGACAUGACUUGGGGUGGCUUUAACUGGAAAUUAAACUUCCGUUGGUAUCCUGUCCCCCAACGUGAAUUAGACAGGAGGGGUGGGGAUAGAAGUUUACCCACAAGAACACCGACGAUGGCUGGUGGAUUAUUUGCGAUAGAUCGUGAUUAUUUUUAUGAAAUUGGUUCGUACGAUGAAGGAAUGGAUAUUUGGGGUGGGGAGAAUUUAGAGAUGUCAUACAGAGUAUGGAUGUGUGGUGGUCAGAUAUUUAUAGUAACGUGUUCCAGGGUGGGGCAUGUAUUCCGUAAGACCUCGCCCUAUUCCUGGCCGGGAGGCGUGGCCCGAAUCAUUAACCAUAAUACCCAGCGUAUCGUAGAAGUCUGGAUGGACGAGUAUAAAGAUUUCUUUUACAAGAUAAAUCCAGGUGUUAAAAAUACGGCGUAUGGUGACGUUUCUGCUAGAAAAAAUCUUCGUAAGAAAUUAGAAUGUAAAAGUUUCCGAUGGUAUUUAGAAAAUAUUUAUCCUGAAUCACAGAUGCCUUUAGAUUUCUAUUCUUUAGGAGAGAAGUUUGAUUUUCAGGUAUUUUCUUACACUAAGAAAAAAGCAUUACAAAGUGAUGAUUUAUGUCUGGACAUUUCAUCUAUGAAUGGUCCGGUUAAAUUAUUUCAAUGUCACGGUCUCUCUGGUAAUCAGAAGUGGGAAUAUAACACGGAGACAUACGCACUAAAACAUGUCAAUACAGAUAUGUGCCUUCAAAAACCUGUGGGUAAGGAAAGAGACAUGCCCUCUAUAGGUUAUUGUACAGGUGAAUUAAGUCAACAAUGGAUUCUGGGAGAUAUGAAAUUAUAAAAUUACCAAAAAAAAUGUCGUUUAAAAGCGAUCUCAGGAAACGAAACCAUCCAUUUUUUAAGUUUUAUUUUUUUCAUGCCUAGAAACUUACCGCCAUUUUUAAUUUUUAAAUUAGUGAUCGGCAAAAUUGAACAUGUUUCAAAAUGUGAAUGUGCCUACACUCAUGACGUCUGCUAAACAGAUGUUGCCUAGCAACCAACAAGCUUUUUAAAUUGUGGUGUUUGGAAGUGUUUGUUGCUAUGGAAAUGAUUCCCAUACUUGUCUGUAUAUUGUCUAAAAACCCAUUUUGAAAUGGAUUGGAUUUACGUCUGAAGUCAUUAUGAGAUUCUGUUUUUCAUCUUGACGUCAUUUUGGUCUCAAACUUUAAAUAAGGUCAGUCAAUUUACAACUUAGUUGCUACGAUAUUUCUAUUUUCAAAACAAAAGAUCUUAAAAUACAACCUGGAGAGCGAGGAGUUUGUGAUAUCAUGGAUGAAACUUUCAUUUGAGUUUGGAUUCUCAAGAGUACUCAAGAAAAAGUGUUGAAGAACCUUUUACAUCCAAGGGGCUGUUUCAAAAAAACAUAACUGAUGAUGAUUUUAGUGUUCCAGUCAUCUGAUUGGUCAAUCACUUUAAAUUCAGUUUUAUUAUCCAAUAAGAUUACUGUAUUUCAUAACUUAAGAAGAUUUUAGUGUUCCAGGCAUCUGAUUGGUCAAUUACUUAAAUUUAGAUUUGUUAUCCAAUCAAAUUACUGUAUUUCGUAACUUAAGAUGAUUUUAGUGUUCCAGUCAUCUGAUUGGUCAAUCACUUUAAAUUCAGUUUAAUUAUCCAAUCAGAUUAAAGUAUUUCAUAACUUAAGAUGAUUUUAGUGUUCCAGUCAUCUGAUUGGUCAAUCACUUUAAAUUCAGUUUAAUUAUCCAAUCAGAUUAAAGUAUUUCAUAACUUAAGAUGAUUUUAGUGUUCCAGUCAUCUGAUUGGUCACUUUAAUGAAUUUUAAAUUAAGUUUUAUUAGCCAAUCAAAUAACUACUUCUAAAUUUGAAUGUAUCUAAGUUAAACUCUGUGAAACAGGUCUAGCUUGGUAUGUUUAUUGGUCAAUGAAUUUACCACUAGUAAAUGUAUCAAAGUUAAACUCUGUGAAACAGGUCUAGCGUGGUAUUGUGUUUAUUGUGUGUUGCCUUGUUAAGUUUGUGUGUUAAAAGUGUUUAUUGUGUUUUUGUUGUUGAUAUAUUUAUACCAUGUAAAUAGAAUUCAUGUUUAUUGAACAUAGUACGGUAAAUAUAAAUGAAAUGUAGGAUUUUAAAUAGUUUUUAACCAAGUUUUCAUUUUCCCUAAAUUU